CGAUCAAUUGCCCAGCUACGAACAGAACACUAUUUUUAGCACGAUUAAUGCGGCAGUCGCGUUGCUUAGUGGUAUGUCAACGUCUCGUGUCAUCGUUAUCGUUGUAAACGGCCUGUUGUUAUUUAACUGGGCCGCUGCAGAUCCGUGGGACCGAUUGCUCUUCGUCUUCGAAUGUGUGAACCCCUCCACCUCACCACAGGAUAUGGUUAACCAGCUUUUUGACAUGACCGGCAGAGAUUGCGAGCUGUGGAAAAUCACUGAUAUCAGCGCUGGGCUUUCUCACGUGUGUUAUAGGUGCGGCAAAAACACGAAAUUUUGCGGUGGACUCUGUAACCUGGAGGGUGGGUGCAGGUGCUGCCCGACCACGUACGCGGGAGAUAUGUGCGAGUACGAUUACUUCUCGCUGAAUCGUUUGUCGAAUACUUGCACUCCUCUUUACGAUGAAAUGAACAUGCGGGAGACGAUCGAGAGCGCAAGUGAAUCCGAGCAGAUAUACGGAAAACUUACCGACCGCCUUGGCGCUCCUCAAACGACAGGUCGACCGUUCUGUAACAACGGCGAACUGAACAUGAUUAUCCAUCCCUGCUGCGUGCCGCCGCUCAUGUUGGUUGCCGAUAAGGGAGAGUGCAUGCAAAAGGUCCUCUGUGCACAUCGUCGAGAAGCGAGUGCGGCGUUUAAAAGAACGUGGGACGACGAGACCGUUAUCGGUGACUGGAAGGGACCGCUCCAUGACGCAUGGGACAGGCUGCGCCCAUGGCCGAAACUUGUCUUGUACCGAGUGAUGGACAAACUGGCUAAGUGCAUGAAUGCGACGAACCGCGUUUCCGGUGUCAACGAGGAUAAGUGUGGUCGCUGUAAUGCACAGGAGGAAGUGUUGAAUCUGUACGAGAUGGGCAUACAAAUACAAUAA